UCUCUCGCUCUCUCUUUCUCUCUGUAUGUUCUGUGAGUUGGAAUUAGAAAACAUUCUCCACUUUUUUUUUCUUUUUAAAUGUUGGAAAGAGGGAGAGGUUGAAAGGUUUUGGGGGUGGCAUCGAAGGGUUUACGUGGCGAAUGUGCUGAAGUGACAAUGGAAUAGGAGAGAUGUGGCGGAAUUUCGCAUGUCUACAUUUAUUAUUUGUGAUUUUAUCCUUUUAUUUUAAAAAAAGAAAAUUUACUAGGGUUUCUCAAAUUUAUUUAAUACCAUUUCCGGCAUUUAGUUGAUAGCAACUCAAGUUACAGAUUUCACGAGCUUAUUUGGUUGAUCUGGUUAGCUUUUUUAUUUUGGAUACAAAUUACGAGUUAAGCAUAUCAUUUCAAGCGUUGGCUCUGAAAUUAGAGGUUUAGUGAUAGAACUUUGAUUGCUCUGUUCUUGGUUUAAGAUUAUUCUAUGUAAAGAUUCAAGAUUACCUAGAAUGGAAAGGGUCUCAGAAUCAAAGUUGCUUCCGAGGAAAUUGCCUGCUCUGAGUUCAGUGCCAAAUCCGCAUAUAGUCUUUGAGAGAGAAGCAGGUCUUAUGUUGAAUUUGCAACCUGUAUAUGCUAGAGAUAAAGCAGCUCGAUCUAAUGUGGGAAGCUCCCAAUUGCCAGAGUCAGCUGAACCCGUAAGGACAUGGAAAGGGAAACACUCCUUGCUUGAACAGGUAGAAAUCAUGCCUGAUGUUAUUACAUUCAAGUGCGGUGGUGAUUCAUUGGAGGAAGGUGGACCUAGUUCUUUUUCCGGAGCUAGUCACCCUCCGGAACCUGUGGACACGGAUCCAAUGAGAACUGUGUAUGUACCAAUCAGUCAGAAGAAGUCCGAUCCUGGGUGUUUGAUGAAGAGCAUGUCAGUGAAGGGACCUUUUCUAGAAGAUCUUUCGAUUAGGGUUCCUCAUAAGAAACCAAGUCCUGCUAUUCUUUCACCAGCAGAAAGUUUGGCUGAAGAAUCCAAUGAUUUUGUUGCAUUAUCUUCACCAUUUUCAGGUCCACGUGCAUCACAAAAUGUAGAUAACUCUCUCAUUCAUCGAGGUUCAGAUGACAAAGAAUGUGUUUGGGAUGUUUCUUUGCCUCCAAGUGGUAAUGUAAGUCCACAUAGCAGCAUUGACAGCACUGGGGUUGUCACUGCCAUGAGCAUCGUCAAUAGCUCUGCAAGUACAUGUAGGAGUGAUGCAGUUACAAGUGAUGGCAUGAUUAGCAUGGAGAGGAAUUGUGAGAGUAGAAAAGAAAGUGUCAGGGCAGAUUCGCUUGAGAGUGCAAAGACUAGUGUUAGCCAAGCAAGUGAUAGCAGUGGCCUUAGUGAUGACAGUAACUGGAGCAAUAUUACUGGGAGUGCUAAUAAGCCUCACAAAGGAAAUGAUCCUAGGUGGAAUGCCAUCCUGGCUAUCCGGGCUCGAGAUGGAAUUUUGGGAAUGAGUCAUUUCAGAUUGCUUAAACGGCUUGGUUGUGGUGACAUUGGCAGUGUAUAUCUCUCAGAGCUGAGUGGUACUUCUUGUUAUUUUGCUAUGAAAGUAAUGGACAAGGCAUCACUUGCAAGUCGUAAGAAGUUGACUAGGGCUCAGACUGAAAGGGAGAUUCUGCAGCUUCUGGACCAUCCAUUUCUGCCCACUCUUUAUACUCAUUUUGAGACCGACAGAUUCUCAUGUCUAGUCAUGGAAUAUUGUCCAGGGGGGGAUCUACACACUUUGAGACAACGGCAACCUGGAAAGCAUUUCUUAGAGUAUGCUGCAAGGUUUUACGCCGCAGAGGUUCUAUUAGCACUUGAGUAUCUCCACAUGCUUGGUGUUGUCUAUAGGGACUUGAAACCAGAAAAUGUUCUAGUUCGUGAUGAUGGCCAUAUAAUGCUCUCAGACUUUGAUCUUUCCUUAAGAUGUGCAGUGUUUCCCACACUGAUAAAAUCCUCAGCAUUCGAUUCUGAUCCUUCAAAACGUGGAGCUGCUGGUGCAUUCUGUGUUCAACCUGCCUGCAUUGAGCCUACUUCAGUUUGCAUUCAACCUGCGUGCUUUAUCCCACGGAUAUUCCCUCAAAAGAACAAGAAGAAAACCCGAAAACCUCGAAUAGAAUUUGGGGCGCCUUCUCAUACCCUCCCAGAGCUUGUUGCAGAGCCUACUGCAGCCCGGUCUAUGUCUUUUGUUGGAACCCACGAAUACCUAGCCCCUGAAAUAAUCAAAGGAGAAGGCCAUGGAAGUGCUGUUGAUUGGUGGACCUUUGGGAUUUUCUUGCAUGAACUGCUAUAUGGUAAAACCCCCUUUAAAGGUUCAGGAAACCGCGCUACACUAUUCAAUGUUGUAGGGCAACAGCUGAAAUUUCCGGAUUCACCAGCAACCAGUUAUGCUAGCCGCGACUUAAUCCGUGGGUUGCUGGUAAAAGAGCCACAACACCGAUUAGGGGUGAAGAGGGGUGCAACCGAGAUCAAGCAACAUCCAUUCUUUGAAGGUGUGAAUUGGGCUCUAAUACGAUGCAGCACCCCACCUGAGGUGCCAAGACCAAUGGAGAGCGAGAUGCCUAGGAUGCCUGGGAAACUCGGGCCGGUGGAGCCAGUUGGAGUUGGUAGCAACAGUAAAAGGAUGGUAGGUCAGGUAGGAACAGACGUGAAAUCUGGGGGUAAAUAUCUGGACUUUGAGUUCUUCUAGUUUUCUUAAUUACAGGAAGCCGUGUUGUAUUAGUAUCCAUUUACUCAAUCCCCCCGAAAGUUUGUUCACAGUACUUAGUUCUGAUGAUAUACUUAAGCUCACCUUCUGAAUUA